CACAUUCAAAUCGAUCUUUCAAGCGGCUUACCAAGUGAGGACUCCCUUUAUCAUGUCUGCCCCGAACGCCCCCGCUCCAUUCCGCUCUAUGCUACGGCCCCAAACAGAAGCCGGCUUCGCAGCAAGCUAGUGAAUUGGGCUACUAUGGUGGCGGCGUAUAAACCUCCCGUGGAAUGCACCUCCCAUACUUGUCUCCGGGGCUUUGUGGUACAGGGCACCCUGCGCAAGUGGACAACGGCGCGGGGCUCGGGCCUUAUCCGUAAUUUCAGCAGUCUUUGGGAGCAGCUGUUGCAGCAGGGUCAGGACCAUCAUCGACCCACACAUGCAGGCGUGGGCACAAUCAACGUGACGGUACUGGGCAAGGGCAAGCGUCGUGACCUCGACAUUCCGCUGGCUCUAGAUCACCGCGUGGAGUUCUACAGCGGGCUGUCUUACCCGGACUUUUGGCAGAAGAUCUACAGCAGCUAUGCCCUGGUACCCGCCUUUGGCAGCAACCAGUACUUCAAGACGCGCAUCAGCUCAACAGUUCUGGCGUCGCUCACUACAUGUGUCCCCAUGAUCGUCACACAAAAGAUGCUGGACGUCUACUCAUUUUUCAAGGAGGAGCACGUGUUCCUGCAACGGCCCGGGGAGCGUGAGGUGGAUGUGAUGAUGCGCAUCCUCAGCAUGGAAGAUGACGUCAUCUUCAACCGCCGCCGAGCGUUAUGCCAGUUGCGACAGGAGCUCGGUAAGCUAGCGGCGGCGGUACUGAAUGAGGCGUUGGCGUUGGCUGGUGUUAAUGCUGCUGCUGACGCUGGCCCUGGUGCCGGGGCGGCAGCGACCGCAGACAUCACGGUAUCUGGAACGUAA